AGUGGAGGUGGACAAAACCCAAUCGUUGCGUUACACGUGUCCCGAGAGGAGUCAUUUUGCUCGUUUCGGUGCAUGCGGUCCGCGGCAAGUGGCAAUCUGUACUCCCCAUAGAUGGACGGUCCAGAUUUCCUGAGAUCUUCCCUGUAACCAUUUAAGCAGCCCCCACUGCCCUCCACAGACGCACAGCAAAAGCUCCUGGAGGGUUUCGCUAAUGGCGAAAAUGGGCACCGCCGCAUUGGAAUCUCCGCUGGAGGCUCUCGCACUCAAUUACUUGACCUACGGAUUCCUCGCCGUGGUCAACAGUGUCUGGGCGUGGAUCGCCGUCGUCACGGCCGCCGUCAGCUUCUGGAGAAUCAGAGCUUUGUCUUCGCCGCCGGAGCUGCGCAGAGAUGCUGUAUCGACGUCGUCCUCGGCGGCGCGACCGGAGGAGGAACAGGCGGCGCAAUUGAACCCUCCCCGGCCUCCGGCGGCCGGCGGCGACAGAGAAGGCUCGACGAAAACGAAAUUUAUAGUGCACUACAAAGUGGAGGAUUUCCGGCAAGACGAUGACGGCGGUGAGACGGAUGAAGAUGCCGAAUCUCCGGCGGCGGCGGAAUUGGUCGGAUUUUGCGAGGAUUGGGAGAGAAUGUUGGUGGUGAGAAUGGGGGAUUUGGGGUGGUACCGGUGGCAAGAUAGGGCGGUGGUGGACGGCAGUGUGGUGCGGCUGUGGAGGAGAGCCACGGCGGCGGGCGGCGGCGGUAGGUUUUUGUAAAUCACAUAAAUUUGGUGGGGCUGGAAGGAAUAACAAGUGGCUGGCGAUUUACGUAUGUUUUGAGGUCUCUCUCACUCUCAGAGUCAAGAUUAAAUUAAAAUUUAAUCGAAGAAAUUUGUAGAUACACCUUCGUUGUCGUGUUAUAAGAGCCAGAUUUUCGUCGAUAUUUGAAAAUACGAAAUUGCCCUCAUCGCUCGAUUAAAUAUAUACUAGUACUACUUAAUAAAUUAAGUAAUAAGGACAAAUAUGGGAUUUAAGAAGAAGUAAUUAAUGAGGGAACACUUUGACGGCUACUAAAAGUGAUUCCAUUUCCAUGAUGUCUUGUCGUGUCGUCACAAAAUUAAUAGCGUAUUGUUGCUAAUAAUGAUGUUCUUGCUA